ACCGCUGUCGCCGCCCCCUGAUAAUGCAGCAUGGGCGAAAAUAGCAGACCCAAGAGCUACAGCUGAGGAAGCAGACCCCUCUACUGUCAACGAUUUUGGACGACUGAACGUAAAGUGAUGUUCCAACAAUGCCGAUAGUGGAUAAACUCAAGGAGGCAUUAAAACCUGGUCGAAAGGAGACGGGCGAUGAGGGCGACCUCAACAAGCUGCUUGCCUCUUCUGCCAAGAAGGUCCUUUUGCAGAAGAUCGAGUUUGAGCCCGCCAGCAAGGGUUUCUCCUAUCAGCUGGACAGCCUGAAGAACAAGUAUGUGAUCCUCAAUCCCAGGAAUGAGGGUGCUACAGGCCAGAAGGCCCCAGAGCCUGCCCAAAUAAAGAGGCAAGUCUCAGAGAACGUGGUUGGGGGCCAGAGCGAUGGGAUCCCCGCCCCGCAGAAGAUGCUCUUUCCAGGGAACAAGCUCACCCUUAAAUGGGAGCGCGUGUACAGGGUGGGAGCCGGCCUCCACAACCUAGGGAACACCUGCUUCCUCAACUCCACAGUGCAGUGUCUCACCUACACCCCGCCACUUGCCAACUACUUACUCUCAAAGGAGCACAGCCGUGCCUGUCACCAGUCAGGCUUUUGUAUGAUCUGUAUCAUGCAGAACCAUAUCAUCCAAGCCUUUGCCAACACGGGCAAUGCCAUCAAGCCUGUCUCCUUCAUCAGAGACCUGAAAAAAAUCGCCAGACAUUUUCGGUUUGGAAGCCAGGAGGACGCCCAUGAAUUUUUGCGGUACACCAUCGAUGCCAUGCAGAAAGCCUGUCUCAAUGGCUACCCUAAGCUUGACAGACAGACCCAGGCCACAACACUGGUUCACCAGAUCUUUGGAGGUUACCUCAGGUCAAGAGUGAAAUGCUCUAUUUGUAAAAGUGUGUCAGACACGUAUGAUCCUUACCUGGACAUCGCUGUGGAGAUUCGGCAAGCAGCAAACAUCGUGCGAGCCCUGGAGCUGUUUGUUAAACCAGAUGUACUAAGUGGAGAGAAUGCCUACAUGUGUGCCAAGUGCAAAAAGAAAGUUCCAGCGACCAAGCGAUUCACAGUCCAUCGAACAUCUAAUGUACUGACCCUUUCACUGAAGAGGUUCGCCAACUUCAGUGGAGGAAAAAUAACAAAGGAUGUCGGUUACCCAGAAUUUCUGAACAUCCGACCCUACAUGUCUCAGAGCUCAGGCGAUCCUGUUAUGUAUGGCCUCUAUGCUGUUCUGGUGCAUUCUGGCUACAGUUGUCACGCUGGCCACUACUACUGCUAUGUCAAGGCAAGCAACGGACAAUGGUACCAAAUGAAUGAUUCAAUGGUGCACUCUAGUAACAUCAAAGUGGUCUUGAACCAGCAGGCUUAUGUGCUUUUCUACCUGAGGAUCCCUGAAACCAAGAAGAAUGCAGAUGGCCAGACCACCAAGCAGGGGAUGUUGCAUCCUGGGAAGAACAGUGUGUCGUCUGAACAGAUAAAGAGGGCCAACCUGAACGGACCUCUCUCCUCCCCGCAGGUCACAAAGAAACUUGAGCCUGCACAACUGCGCAAGAUCCAGUCCAUGGACGGUGGUUUGGGUCUGCCCAUUUCCAGAAACGGUGUGAGCUCUCAGCCACAGCCCAGACUUACCAACUGGAUGUCAUCCUCCAAUGGCCCACCGAAGCUGCCAGGUGGGCCCACGGUUAUCGAGGAACCUUUCAAGAAGCUGAAGAAGCCCUCCCCGCAGAGCCAAGCGCAGUCCCGCAGCAGCACUCCGACACCUUCCAACAACGGGGUCAGCAGGACGGAGGGGGAUAAAAAGCAAGGUGGCGAGGGCAGAGGCAUGGCAGCGUCUACCUCAAUUAAGUCUUUGUCUGACUCUUCCUCUGCCGACACCACUGACUCGAAGGACUCCGUGGGUACCAAAAGUGCGCCAGCAGGAGAGACUCCCUCCACCCCACGGAAAGGCUCCAAUGGCCUGGCGUCUCCAGCCAAGAGCGUGGAGCGUUCUCAGAGCACGGAGGAGCAGAAGACGGCGAAAAUAAAACCCCCGGCCCUGAACAACAUCACAUCUGAAGCCACCGGCACCAUGUCGCCUCCACCUGCAAAGAAACUGGCCCUGUCAGCCAAGAAGGCUCGCAGCCGGAGUCCGAGCAGCAUUGAUGCUCUGCCCCCUUUGCCACGCCAGCUGUCCAGAGACCCCACGCAUCAAAAUCAACUUAACCCCCUCACCUUUGCCUCACCUACUCACACUCACAGAGCUGGUCCAUUCCAUUCACCUAAAGUCCAGUCAUCACAGCCUUUUGCCCACUCAAGUGGAUCCUUCAAACAGCAGAGCCCUGAGAAACAGUCCCAUCUGUCCACACUGCAAAAACCAAACGCCAGCCUUUCUCUCAAAACCAACGGGCUUCACAGUGCAAGUCUGAAAAGCCCCAAGUCUUCCAACAACCUCAGCUCCUUGGCCCAAGAACCAGACCUCGACAGCCACCUGGCUCAAAAGGUCAACCAAAAGAAGAAGAAGAAGAAAAAGAAGCGGCGGCAUUCUGAGGUGGAGGGCGACGCAGAGCCAGUCGCAGCGACGCCGGAAGAGCCUGUGGAAUCGGCUAGUGAGAAGAGGCAGCAGAAGAAGAAGAAGAAAAAGCGAAAGAGGGAGAAGGAGGAUGGCGAGAACGUGAAGGAGAGGGAGUGCGUCCCGUCUCAUCUGGACACAUCGAACCAGGAGGAGGAUUGGUGUCAGGGUGGCAUAUGGAGUCUCACAUCCUGUCCAGACACAGAACAGUCAAAACAGAAGCCUCUGUUAGCUACUACAACCCCAACGCUGUGUGAGUCCAGUCAGAAAGAAACGAGAAGGGACUCUGUAAAGCUGAAGAAGAUGAAAAAGAAGAAGAAGAAGAAGAUGCAACUGGCGGAGGCUCUGCAGGAGACCACUUCAGCGUGCUCUGCAUCAGAAACCACUUCUGAGACAAAGGCCGCAGUCGUUAACGAUACAGGAGAUUUGAUACCCUUGAAAAAGAAAUUAAAGAGGAAGAAGAAGAGGCUAAAAGAAGAGGUGAGACUGUGGGAGGAAAGCAGGCGAUGCUCAGACGGACCUGAAGCGAACGACGAGCCUGAACCAGUGGAGCCCCCUUCAAAAAAGAACGCCACAGAGAACGGCAAAAUAAGUAAACAAGGCGGAGCCACUGUGGUGGUGUGGGACAGUCAAGUGAAGGACGGCUACAAACGCAGCCAGGCGCCAGCGGCUGAUGGAGACGCAUCAGGAGACACCCCAACCUGUGCUGCUCCCGUCGCCUGGGAUGGGAAAAAGACAAGUGGGGUGGUAGAAGAGCUGCUCAAAAACGCCACUGACAAGGCCUACGGAGCGAAUGUCCUCAGUUGGGAUGGAGAGGUCUCUGCUAUUAGUAGAGACGCUAUUGAAGAUGUCCGCCAUGCCAAGUGUGACACUGUUAUUGAUGAGUGGGAUGAAGACUUUGACAGUGGAAAGGUGAAGAAAGUGAAAAACUAUAAAAGAGAGAAGUGGAGAAGUGGCAGCAACAUCUUUCAGAAGAUCCAGGACAGGCGGAACAAGUGGUCUGUAACACCCGGUGGGAAGAGAGUUUUUGGAGUCCGUCGCUGAGAGUCCAGACUGCUGUUGAGGUCAUGCUGACUGGAAAUCGAGACAAUACUGUAUACCAAACUUCUGUACCUUUUCUCACUAUUUUCUUUUUUUUUUUUUUUUUUUAAUCUGUCUUUUUAAGUUUAAGACCCAAAUCCCUGAAUUAGACAUGAGCCAAAAGCAACACGGACUACAUUGACAGUCUGACUGACAGCCCCUUAAAUCUAAAUUUUAAACAAACAUGAAAUGUUGUCGUCAGGCUUCAGUAACAUUGGCCAGUGGGUUUUUACUCAGUCAUAUCCCUUUUAAUCCAAAUACCACAGUAAGUGGCUCAAACUUCUCUAUGCAUGCAGUAUUUACCGGAAACCCUAUGUUGGCAUCCUUGGAGCCUCGUUUGUCCCCUCAAAAAUCAGGCUACUAUGAAAUUAAAAACAGUUUGCCAUAUUUGAGAAGGGUAUGUUAAAAUGAGAAAGUAUACCUGCAACACUUGGAAAACUAUACACAAUCUCAGAGCAUACUUUUGCAGACAUAAGGGCUCAGUAAGUUGGACAUUAAAAAAAGUGACCUUUCUCUUUUACCCUUUUCUUGAAACUAUUCUAUACCAAAUUAUAAAGAUCCAAAAUUGUUUAUUCAUAAAACAUGUAUUAUUUUAGAUUUCUGUAUAAUUUUCUUAUUUUAUAACUUUAUCCGCUGUCAUUUUAUUUUGCUGCAGUGUCUGUGCCAUGUGGCUUGUUUUUAAGGACCAAAUUUUGCCUGCAUAUUGUUGGUAAAAUGAGGGUUUAAAAUUGCCACUUUUUUUUUUUUUUUUAAUAUGCAUGUCAGAAGUGGUUUAAAAAUUUACAAAAAUGAAUUUUGUUUUUAGUUCUGCUCUCUUGGUUAUGUACCCUUUUCUGUUCCUUUAAAUUCUGAUUAUUUCAGAUUUAAUGUAUGAUAAAAUAAUGCAUUUUACACCACAAAAGGAUGCUCUGCUGAUUCGUAUGAACAGUUUAACUCUAGAAGUCUUGACAUUGACAAACACAUCGGACGCUGUAAGUUUCAUCAUAUCUGUACGCUUACCUGGACGUUAUCGUUUCCCCAACAGCUCAUAGUGCAAUAUGCGUUUGCAGAGUAGAAGUUGGGGUUGUUGGAGGACCUCAGACGGGAGCAGUUGUUUUCUACUGUGCAGCUAUUUAACGUUGUAGCUCAUCUCAUCAGUCCAGCAAUCAGAAGCUCUCAGUCUGGAGAUUUGACUUUUUUCCAUUCUCUUUAACAAACCUCGUCACAAACUGUUCUUUACCAAUGUACUGAAAUAAAAGGGUUACAUUUUAUACUUCAGGCACUGUGUUAGAAUGGGACUGCCACAUGCUAAUAAUUUCUUUUCCCCUUGUAUCUUAUAUCUCUAUGCAAUUUUCUGACUGUCAUGCUGGUCACCUAGAAACUGGGCUAAGACUCAGGAACCCAGGCAUCCUGUUACCCCAUCCUCGUCUCUGAUAAGACGCCCCUUGUUUCACAGAGUAGUCCCUCUCCCUGGACCACCAUUUUGCAUCCUGUACAUCCUGUAAAAACUGUUUUAUACAAAGUAUUUCAGGUGUGGAAACCAUGGGAUCAUCAUGCACCAACCCGGGCACAGAUGCGUAGAGAAACUAACGUUAUAACAAAAAUGCUUUGCCAAUGUAGAAGACUGUACAGUCCAUCUUGUGCUACCUGUUUCCCUCCAACGCUGUAAAGAUUUGCCCAUGCAUUUCUUUUCAUUCUAGAGAUGUUGCCUUGAAUUGGCUAUAAAAAAAAGUAUAGGAUUUAAUGUUAUAAAUAUAUAAUUUAAAGAAGAAAAGACACAGAUCUUUAAUGUGCUACUAAUACUUGGAUCAGUUGGUGGAUGUUAACUUGAGAAUUACUCUGCAAAUGUGUUAGUUCAUUUGUGUAUAAGAGAGUUACCUGUUUUCAUGCAAGACCUUCCCUAUGUCACUGUAGUGUGUACAGUACAAGAGAGGCUACGGCAGCCUAAUUUCUAUAGGAUGUUUGUCGGCUGUGAAUUCGACGUAGGGUGUGACUCUCAAACUGACACAGAGGGACAUUUACCAGUGUGAAUGGACGGUCCACAUGUUUGCAUUGAUGGUUCUAUAUUUCGCACCACCUUUUCUGACCAGGGAAGAGACCUUUCAUAAUGAAAGCGUCUCUUACCACACUAUAGUUAACUAUAAAGGUGCAAUAAAGUUGUGACUUUUGUGAGCCGA